AUGACGGGCCCUGAGCCUCUCCCCCGGACGCCUGGGCCCCUCUCUGGGACACCUGGGCCCCUCCCUGGACACCUGGGCCCUUUUCCCGGACGCCUGGGCCCCUUCCCAGACACCUGGGCCCUUUUCCCGGACACCUGGGCCCCUUCCCAGACGCCUGGGCCCCUUUUCCCGGACACCUGGGCCCUUUCCCCGGACGCCUGGGCCCCUCUCCCGGACUCCUGGGCCCCUUUCCCAGAUGCCUGGGCCCUUUUCCCGGACGCCUGGGCCCCCCCCAACCUGGACGCCUGGGCCCUUUCCCGGACGCCUGGGCCCCUCUUUCCCGGACGCCUGGGCCCCUUUUCCCGGACGCCUGGGCCCCUCUUUCCCGGACGCCUGGGCCCCUUUUCCCGGACGCCUGGGCCCCUCUUUCCCGGACGCCUGGGCCCCUCUUUCCCGGACGCCUGGGCCCCUUUUCCCGGACGCCGGGGCCCCUCUCCCCCCGGACGCCUGGGCCCCUUUUCCCGGACGCCGGGGCCCCUCUCCCCCCGGACGCCUGGGCCCCUCUUUCCCGGACGCCUGGGCCCCUUUUCCCGGACGCCUGGGCCCCUCUCCCCCCGGACGCCUGGGCCCCUCUCCCGGACGCCUGGGCCCCUUUUCCCGGACACCUGGGCCCCUCUCCCGGACGCCUGGGCCCCUUUCCCGGACACCUGGGCCCCUUUCCCGGACGCCUGGGCCCCUCCCUCUCCCUCCCCCCCAGAACUACACUUCCCAGCGUGCCUUGCGCCCCCUCCCUUCCCAGCGUGCCUUGCGCCCCCCCUCCCUUCCCAACGUGCCUUGCGCCCCCCCACCCUUCCCAGCGUGCCUUGCGCCCCCCCUCCCUUCCCAGCGUGCCUUGCGGCGGCGGCGGCAGCGCCAUGUUCCUGCAGUACUACGAGAACGAGCGCGGCGAGCGCGUCUACACGCUGAAGAAAGCGGCCCCGGACGGGCGGCAAACGGCCUCGGCGCACCCGGCGCGCUUCUCCCCCGACGACAAGUUCUCGCGGCACCGCCUGGCCCUGAAGCGCCGCUUCGGCGUCCUGCUCACGCAGCGCCCGCGCCCGCUCCUC